AUUAUAUAGCCCGAUCGCGGGCAGUACCACCAAUAAAAUGGCACAGAAAGCCGCCAAAACUCUCGCAACCCGCAACACCAGCCUCCUCAACCGCACACACCUAACAACCCUAUCCCUCCACCUCAUCUACUUGCUCCUCCACUUCCUCUUCAACCGCCCCCGCUCCCUAACCCUCUACCUCAUUUUCACAACCCCAACCCUCGCCAUAGAAUUCUACCUCGAGCGCCUGGGUCGCCCGCGCUAUAAAACUCCUGGUGCUGGGGCCGGCGGCGGAUCCACCCUUCGCUCUGCUGGCGAAGACCUAGACGCACCUGGUCUCACAGAGUAUUUUUGGGAUGUAAUGUAUUGGACGUGGGGGUGUAUGGGGGCUGUGUGUGUCUUUGGUGACCGCGCGUGGUGGUUGUGGGUGAUUGUACCGUUGUACUCAGCGUGGUUGCUCUAUUCGACAUUUGCUGGCCUUAAAGGGGGUAUGGCGGGCAUGGCGGGGUUGGGGGAGGGUGCUACGGGUGGCGAAGGCACGGAGAGCAAGAGACAGAAGAAGAUGGAGAAGAGGGGAGGGGCGCAGAGGGUUAGGUAUCGGUGAUGGCGUUUUGGACGGGUGUUUGGUCCUUAAGACAUAUACGGCUACGGGUCGGGGAUUUUGCGUGCUUUUUUUCGCUUUUCUUUAUUUAGAUUGUCCAAAACCAAAAGCGCGGCCGCU